AUGAGACCGACGACUUCCGACAAAGCACCACCAUCACAGAUCCGCUCAAUCACCUUCUCAUAUCUUCUGCAACUACGCCAGCGACCACACACCUAUAAAUCGGGUCUGAAUGGGUGGGAUGAAGUGAGGGGUGCGGUGGUGCUCCAUUUUCCGGUGAGGGGUGGCGGUGGUGAUUCAUUUUCCGGUGGUGGUGUAGAUUACCAGUGGUGGUCAGGAAAGAGAACUUCGCACGCCAUACCGAUCCUCUUCAUCGUCGCCUUUCUUGUGCUUCUCCUGCAGUUACCUGUAGUGGGAGAAACAUCUUGCAAAGAACAAAAGGGAUCUACUGAGAAUUUUGAAGAUGCUGGUGAUUUAUACGAAAAAGCUGCCAAUUCUUACAAGCUUGCCAAAUCAUGGGACCAAGCUGGUUCUGUAUAUGUCAAGCUGGCUGAGUGUCAUCUGAAAAUGGAUAGCAAACAUGAAGCUGCUAGUGCUUAUGCUGAUGCAGCUCACUCAUACAAGAAAACAAGCACCAAGGAGUGCAUAGCUAACCUAGAGCAAGCAUUAAACAUUUUCAUGGAAAUUGGAAGACUCAGCAUGGCUGCCAGAUAUUGCAAGGAAAUUGCCGAGUUAUACGAACAGGAGCAAAAUUUGGAGCAAGCUAUUGCUUACUAUGAUAAAGCAUCUGAUCUUUUCCAAGGUGAAGAAGUAACAACUUCUGCAAACCAAUGCAAGCAGAAAAUCGCACAAUUUUCAGCUCAAUUGGAACAAUAUCAGAAAGCUAUAGAGAUAUAUGAAGAGAUAGCAAAACAGUCUCUGAAUAAUAACUUGCUAAAAUAUGGAGUUAGAGGGCAUUUAUUAAAUGCUGGGAUUUGCCAACUCUGUAAAGGUGAUGUUGUUGCAAUCACAAAUGCAUUGGAUCGUUAUCAGGAACUUGAUCCCACAUUUUCAGGAACACGUGAAUGCAAAUUGCUUGCAGAUUUAGCUGCAGCUGUGGAUGAAGAAGAUGUUGAAAAGUUUACUGAUGCAGUGAAGGAAUUUGACAGCAUGACUAAGCUGGAUGAAUGGAAGACGACACUUUUGCUGAGAGUGAAAUUGUUGUUGAAGGCAAAAGAGGAGGAGGAUGAUGAUGAUCUUACUUGAGAGUUCAGAAAUUGAUUUGUUCUUUUUGUGGUGAUGUUUUUCACUUUUUCUUUCUAAUGGUGGUAUUUAUUUGUGCGUGUUAUUAUUCUCUAUAAAGUGUAUGUAAUUGUAACUCGAUUUGAGGGACUAUAUCCGCAUUGUGGUAUGUUUUUUUAACAAUCAUCUACAACCCGAAUAUUUAGAUAUAUUUUUGUGAUUUCAUGAGUGAGUUGUAGAUUUUCUAUAAUAACAUGAUCCAUUGCUGCCCUUUAUUGUAGUUAGAGAGAUGGAUGAAACAGUCUGAAACUGAUCCUGGUCCU